AUGUCUUUCUUGAAACAAGAGGGAAAAUCUUUAGCUGACAUACAGGAUGUAGCUUCCCCAGCUCUCACACUUAACACUGAGUUAGUUAGCGCAAUUAAUUCACUAGUUCAGAAAUGCCAAACUGCCUCACCAGUAGAAGCACAGAAUUAUAGGAAACUGCGCACAUUUUCUGGACUGACUCCUACACCAAAUGGGGAGGAAGACUAUGAGGUAUGGGCUGAACACACUACACAUAUUCUCGAAGAAUGGCAGUGUUCUGACAAUGUGAAGAAACAGAGACUAGUGGAAUGCCUUAGAGGGCCCGCAGCAGAUAUUGUGAGGUUUGUGAAGGUUGAAAAUCCUUCAGCUACUUCUUGUGACUACCUGAAGGCUCUAGAUACAGCAUUUGGUCCUACAGAGAAUGCAUCUGAUCUGAUGGUGAAGUUCAGAAAUACCUUCCAAGAAAAAGGGGAAAAGCUCUCUGUGUAUAUAAUCAAGCUAGAUAAGCUACUACACAGUGUUCUGCGAAAAGGGGGACUGAAGUCUUCUGAAUUGAAUCGCCUUCGUAUUGAGCAAAUAAUUCGAGGGGCUCUUCCAGAUGACAUGGUGGCACUUAGGUUGAGAAUGACGCACAAGUUUUGUGAACCACCUCCUUUCACUGAACUUCUAAAAGAAGUGAGAGAAGAAGAGAACAUGAUUCAUAAUAGAAGUACUGUUCAGGCCACUGUAACUGUGUCCUCCGUGGCCUCUGACAAAACAGAUUCAGCUGACUGUGAGGUUGAGCUGCUAAAGAAGGAAAUUAGGGGACUGAGAAGUGAAAUGGCUCGUCUACUGUCUGCUGCUGUUGCACCAGUGACAUCAGACACUCCCAAGAUGCAUAGCUUAGCUGUCACUACAGGGAGAAGUGCUCUAAGCAAAGCAGGCGGUGGAGAAAACAUUUUCUGCUAUAAAUGUGGAGAGAAUGGCCACUUUAAACAGGACUGUGCAAAUGAGAAGAACUUGAGAAAAGUGAAUCGACUCAUUAAAAUGAGAAGGGUGAUGGGAAACUACCCCGGGGCUCAGUAG